UUGGAGUGCUGUUGUGUCGAUUUGCGCCGAGUGGCAAGUCAUAACUUCCUUUCGCUAUAAGCACAUAUGCAUUAAUUCUAAUCUGAAAUAUGCAACAUAGGUACGGUGAAAUAGGUUUUGCCCAGCAAAUACUCGGUUUGAAUUUAGUACCGAGGAAAAAUGGCACCCUACGAGGCAACGACACAUCUCUCAGCGACUUCUCAGAGAUGUGGUAUGGUGUGUUUCUGUGGACGGCGGUGUCCUCGCUCAUCUUCCACCUGCCUGCAGCCUUGAUCUCCCUCGCCACACUACGGCAGCAUAAGAUCGCCAGAUUCAUGCCCAUCGCUAUCCUCCUCAUGGGCAUUCUGGGACCAGUUUGUGGGGGAGUUCUCACCAGUGCGGCCAUAGCCGGGGUGUACAAAGCAGCAGGGAAGACAAUGAUGUCCUUUGAAGCGUUUGUUUUUGGUGUGGGACAAUCAUUUUGUGUCGUCCUCAUGUCCUUCCUCAGGAUUCUUGCCACCCUUUAGCAUAGCUGAGUCUGUCCUCUUGCUCCUGUUGCUGCUGGUUUGGUUUUCCUACAGAAACCUGGCUGUUAAACCCAAGGACCAAAACAGAUCCUGCUUAGGCUAUGAUGUCAUUUAGGUGGAAUCUUAAUAGAUUAGACUUUCCUGAACCAUGGAAGGUACCAGUGUGUGACCUGAAAGUGUGCAACGUGUCUAACCCAGUGCCUCGCACUUUUCUCAUUAGUUGGUAUUAUUAAGGUCAACAAAAUACUGAGUUGGGAUCAGCUGCAGUGUGCUCACUUUAUUCCAAAGUGAAAGGAAAACUGCAGAGGGUCAUUGAAAAGCACUUUUGAAGUUCUCUAUGCAGAAUGUGAAAGGAGUAGGCCGUAGUUUUGUUGCCAGGGAUUACAGUUUUGCAGCAGUAUGGCACUUAACUUCCCUCAGGGGCUGUGUGUGUGUGUGUAUGUGUGUGUGUGGGUAAAGAACAAAGCUGACAGGCUGCUGCACUGUUAAACCAAAAUCUGAUGGUCGGAUGCAAGACUCUUGUUUUAUCUCUUGAGGCCUUAUUUUGUGUUUUCCAGUGUCCAAAGUUUGUUUGGAUUUUUGACUGAGUUUGUUCCUGUUAGAAGCUGCAGAUUAGAAACCCAUUAUUCAUCAGUGAUUCACUGGCCAGAAUAUUGGGGCUAAUUUCCAGUCUCUGCUUUUUGGAAAGCUUUGACCUGCUGAGACUGACUUUACCUGGGUCACGUUUCUCUUGAACUAUGUUAUAAGAAGACAUAGGAACAGAAUAAUUUUUAAACCUUUACUUAGAAUUAUUCAUGGAAGAAGAGGUAACAGUCCAUCUCUGUGUAAUAACAGUGGCUGUAAUUUUGGGAUUUGGUAUUUCAGACAAAAUCAGAAGGUUAACAAACUGAUUUUAUAAUCUUACAUCAGCAUUAGAACAGUUAGCAUUAUGAAGUAGACCUUUAAGUUUAAGAUUUCCAAAAGGUUCCCAAAAUUGGCAGAUCCAGCCUGUUCUAUGAUAGCUCAAAACAAGGGAGCAACUUUUCUGCACUAUAUUCAACCUUUUUAUUACCGGCUGGAAGUUCUGUUCUCUUUCACAGUCUUAGGGAACAGCAGAGAUGUCAUAGAAAAUAUAAUUUCUGUUUAGAAAGCUCCCAACACCUUUAGUUUUUGCUCUGACUUCAUUUAAACACCUGACAGAUCCAGAAAAUGGCUAAGUUAUUCAUUCAGUAACAGUAAUUUGGUGUGCUGCAUUCACAGAGGAGAAGAAAUAUAAAUCACCACAUGUUUUUGAGUUCCAAACUGGACAUUCACCAGUCAGGAAUAAUCACAAUGGGAACCAGUUCAUUCCAGUCACCAGCCAAUUUCAUGGUGCAUUUUUAUCCAUUGAUGUAUUUUUUGAACUAAAAACCUCUGAACUCUGAUAUGCAUCCUCACUAUUCAUCCAUUACAGGUUAUAAGCCACAGCACUUGAUAGUCAUCCAACCACACCCUGUUGUAUCUGUAUGUCCAUAUUCAUGUUAACAUGAAUCUGAAAUAUUUGAGAGGAUGUGUAAAAUGGCAGUGGAAAUAAAACCCAGCGUAAUGUGUGCCCGCGUUAUUGAUGAGCAGAUUUGCUCGUUCGACUCCAUCUAUUUAACAUGGAUCCACGUCUAACCAGAGUCAUAGAGCCUGGGUGUACUUGCAGGCUGAUGACCAGCUGUAUGGGACUUCUAACUGCACUGAAGCCAUAUUUCUGAGAGAAGAACCAGGGUAUGUUAAACCCACUUUGUAGAGCUGGCCUCAGAUUGUGCACUUUGCUCCUCAUGAUGGUCUCCUGAAUCUCUCUAUUCUUAAUGUCUGUUUAUAAUUGCCUAUAUGUUGGGUUGGUUUUUUACCCACACCUGUCUCAUUCAGACAGAAAAAAGGAGAUUUUUCCAGACCGCCAUGUUUUGUCUGGUUUGGACUUCAUUCAGGUUUACUGGUAUUAAAAGAUCUGGGAGUGCGAUUAGUUGUUUUUCCUGUUUAUUUUACUAUCAAAAUAUUUAAUAUAUUCGAUGAAUGUGUGCUAAUGAAUUCCUUCAAAUAGUUUAAAAUUAAUUGUACAUUUUUAAGUUUCCUGACAAAGAUGUAAAUGGCUCUAUUUUUCUGCAGAUUAUAUUUUUCUGUGUUAACCCAUCCCCACCCCCCACCCCCGGGGUGACUGCUGUUAUGUUGCUUUUUGAUACUUGUAUAUCAAGAGAAAUGAAUUUAUUGGUCAAAGGUAUUUUCUGUAUCUGUUAAAGGAAAUAAGUUGAUUGUUUUGUUGUUCCUGUUUUUUCUUAUUUACUGUACAUUUUUAAUUCAUGUCUGUAUUGAUUAUUAAACAGUUUGUUUUAAGACA